AUGCACUCUUUCCAACUCCUCGGUUUGGCCGCGUUCGGCUCUCUCGUUGCCGCGGCUCCUACUUCUGAGCUCGUCAAGAAGUCCAGCUGCACCUUCACCUCUGCAUCUGCCGCUAAGGAGGGUAUCUCCAAGUGCUCCGAUAUCAUCCUGAAGGAUAUCGAGGUUCCCGCCGGAGAGACUCUCGAUCUGGCCAAGGCUGCCGAUGGUGCCUCCGGCACCACUACCUUCGGCUACGAGGAGUGGGAUGGUCCCCUGAUCCGCCUCGGUGGCAAGGGUCUUACCAUCACCCAGGUCGACGGUGCCCUCAUCAACGGCGGCGGUGAGCGCUGGUGGGAUGGCAAGGGCACCAACGGAGGCAAGAAGAAGCCCAAGUUCAUGUAUGUCCACGAUAUCGAAGACUCGACCAUUAAGGGCCUGCAAAUCAAGAACACACCCGUUCAGGCCAUCAGCGUCAUGGCCACCAACGUGCACCUGACCGACCUCACCAUCAACAACAAGGAGGGUGAUAGCAAGGGUGGCCAUAACACCGACGGUUUCGACAUUAGCGAGAGCAAUGGUGUUUACAUCACCGGUGCUACCGUCUACAACCAAGAUGACUGCCUUGCUAUCAACUCUGGCGAGAACAUCCAUUUUACCGGCGGUUACUGUUCUGGUGGCCACGGUCUCUCUAUCGGCUCCGUCGGCGGCCGUAGCGACAACACCGUCAGUAACAUCCAUAUCGAGGACUCCCAGAUUGUUGACUCCGCCAACGGUGUCCGCAUCAAGACCGUCUACAAAAAGACUGGCGAUGUUGACAACAUUACUUACUCCAAUAUCAAGCUCUCCGGUAUUUCAAGCUACGGGGUUGUCAUCGAGCAAGACUACGAGAACAGCAGCCCUACCGGCUAUCCCUCUAACACCAUCCCCAUCAAGGAUGUUACCCUGGACAGAAUCACCGGCUCCGUCGAUGACGACGCCACUCGCAUCUACAUCAUCUGCGGUGACGGCAGCUGCUCUGACUGGACCUGGAAGGAUGUUGAGAUCUCUGGUGGCAAGAAGUCCGACAAGUGCGAGCACGUUCCCUCCGGCGCAUCUUGCUAA